CCUUCUUCAUCCGGGUCUUUUACAACCACGCUGCCAUCAUGGGUCGCAUGCACAAUCCUGGUAAGGGUAUUUCCCAGUCAGCACUUCCAUACAGAAGAUCAGUUCCAACAUGGUUGAAACUGACAUCAGAAGAUGUUCAAGAACAGAUAUUCAAGCUGGCAAAGAAGGGAUUGACACCAUCUCAGAUAGGUGUUAUUCUGAGAGAUUCACAUGGUGUUGCACAGGUCAGAUUUGUCACUGGUAACAAAAUUUUGAGAAUUCUUAAAGCUAAAGGUUUGGCUCCAGACCUUCCAGAGGAUCUGUAUCAUCUCAUCAAGAAAGCUGUCAACAUUAGAAAACACAUGGAGAGAAAUAGGAAGGAUAGGGACUCCAAGUUCAGACUGAUUCUGGUAGAAGCCAGAAUCCACAGAUUGGCUAGAUAUUACAAGACAAAGAAGGUUUUACCACCAAACUGGAAAUAUGAGUCCUCCACAGCAGCUGCUAUGGUUCAAUAGACAUUAAAAUAAAAUUCUAGCCAACCAGUUAA